ACUCAGAAAAUCAAAAAAUAAAAAAAGAACAUCAACUCAAAAGUGGAACAGCAAAAACCUUUCGAUUUCUCAAUUCUCCAAAUUUCUUCCCUUUCUCUCUCUUAAAUCGCCAUUGAUGUAAAGCUUUAGCAACUAACAACACCAUGUCGAAGAUGAAACAUCUAUUGCGGAAACUUCACAUCGGCAACGACCAUCACAAUCGCCAUCAUACUGCUCGUCGAAUACCUAAUAAUCGAACGCAGUCUACGGAGAGUUCUUCUUCAGCGACGACUCCGCCUUCUUCGUCAAAUUCCUCAUCGCCGCCUUCAGUUUCGUCGUCUACUGAUCGAACUUCAAUUGCUAGAGAAUCGCAAUCGCAGCCGCCGGCAACAACGAUGACGACAACGGAAAGUGUUGGUGCCAAUGUGAUUAGUAGAAAUAAUAAUAAUAAUAAUGAUCCCUCCGAUUUCAAUUUGAUUGAAGAAGAUUUUCAGCUUCAAUUAGCAAUGGCAAUCAGUGCUUCGGAUCCUGAAACUCGAAAUGACGAUGAAUCCGAUCAUCAGAUCAUGGCCGCUAAACAAUUGAGUCUUGCUUGUUCUCCUUCCGUGCCCGAUAAUGAAAAACUUAGUGAAUUUUUGUCGCUUAAAUAUUGGAACUACAAUGUCAUUCAAUAUGAUGAGAAGGUAGUGGAUGGAUUUUAUGAUGUUUAUGCAAUUGCUUCGCACCCAACUGCACAAGGGGAAAUGCCGUUGCUUGUAGAUCUUCAAGCUAUUUCCAUUUUCAGCAAUGUGGAGUAUGAAGUUGUCUUAGUGAAUAGGUCAAUUGAUACUCAAUUACAGCAGCUUGAAAACAAAGUGUAUGCUAUAUCAGUGGAAUGUAAAGUUCUGGGACUUGAGAUGUAUUUGAAUAAUUUAAUUCAAAGAUUAGCUGAUCUUGUUGUCGAUAGACUGGGUGGUCCUGUUGCUAAUGCUGAAGAAAUAACAACUAGGUGGCGAGUGAGAAGUAAUCAGUUGAAGGCUUCUUACAACACCAUUGUUCUUCCUCUUGGUUGUCUCAAUGUUGGGCUUUCUCGCCAUCGUGCAUUGCUAUUUAAGGUACUUGCUGAUAGGAUUAAUCUUCCAUGUAUGCUUGUGAAAGGGAGUCUGUACACCGGGACUGAUGAGGGAGCUGUGAACUUGAUUAAAUUUGAUGAUGGAAGUGAGUACAUAAUCGAUUUGAUGGGUGCUCCCGGGACACUAAUUCCUUCUGAGGUGCCUAGUAGUCUUCUUCUGGACACUGCACUGGAAGCAAGAGGCUUGUCCAAUUGUACUGCUGUCAACAACUUAAGUUUGGCUUUUGACAAUGUGAUUGGGUUUGAUGGAAAUAUACGUGAUAUUGUUGUGGUUCCUGAAGCUUUUGGCUCCAAUUUGGAAGGAUCAGCCUUGGAUGCAGAAGCAAAACAAGUAAAUGAGAUUAAUGUUAAAUCAGAUUUGUGUGACAUAUCCGAUUAUGCCUUUGUAAAGCCUGUGAGAUCAGAAUAUAGUUUGUCUGAGUUCUCUUCAAGUUCUGUUGAAGAAGCUUCCCUUGCACAAGAAAAGAAAGUCCAGGAUGUUUCAAAAUAUGUAAUAAGUGCUGCAAAAGAUCCUGAAUUUGCACAGAAACUACAUGCAGUUUUGUUAGAAAGUGGAGCUUCGCCUCCUGCUGAUUUAUUUGUGGAUAUGAGUCCUAGCAUUUUACGUGAAAAGAGACUGAUUGAAGUAGUCCAACCAACAAGACAAGAAACUCUCUGCUAUGGAGAUUCUUACAACUGUGAUAUGCCUGAUCAUAGCGCAGACUAUGUGACAAGGCAGUGUUUGCAACUGGGUCCAAAUCUUCCUUGUUUUCCUCGACCUAAUGCUGAGAGUGUUCUUGCUGUUACUGAAUCUGACAAAAUGACCACUAAUGGUGGUGCAGGUCACGAGGGAAAAGUUUCUCGAGAUUCCGGAGGAAAGAUUUCAAACCGAACUGAAUCAGGUGAAGAAUCCGGUGUUCAGUUAGAGAUUACUAAAGGAAUGCACUAUCCUAAUGAUGGCCUCAAUGAGUACCUUAGCCCUGUUUCUAGUGAGGGAAUCUGCCCUGUGCUUGGUGAGUUUGCAGAAUGGGAGAUACCAUGGGAGGAUCUCCAGAUUGGAGAAAGAAUCGGUAUAGGUUCCUAUGGUGAAGUUUACCGUGCUGAUUGGAACGGCACCGAGGUUGCUGUAAAAAAGUUCUUGGUACAAGAUUUGACUGGUGAUGUACUUGUUCAGUUUAAAUGUGAAGCUGAAAUGAUGAUAAGGUUAAGACAUCCCAAUGUUGUUCUCUUUAUGGGUGCUGUUACUCGCCCUCCAAAUCUCUCCAUCCUUACAGAGUUCCUUCCCCGAGGGAGUUUGUACAGGUUGUUGCAUCGAUCUGGCUCUCAAAUUGAUGAAAAGAAAAGAAUGAAAAUGGCUCUGGAUGUGGCUAGGGGAAUGAAUUACUUGCACACAAGUCAUCCAACUGUUGUCCAUCGAGAUUUGAAGUCCCCAAAUCUUCUUGUUGACAAAAAUUGGGUUGUUAAGGUCUGUGAUUUCGGUUUAUCACGCUUGAAGCACCACACCUUUUUGUCUUCCAACUCUACUGCUGGAACGCCUGAAUGGAUGGCACCUGAAGUUCUAAGAAAUGAGCCAUCCAACGAAAAGUGCGACAUUUACAGCUUUGGCGUGAUAUUGUGGGAAUUGGCUACAUUAUGUGUACCAUGGACUGGGUUAAACCCAAUGCAAGUUGUUGGAGCUGUUGGAUUUCAGAACAGACGCCUCACAAUCCCCGAAGAAGUAGAUCCAAUGGUUGCUCAGAUCAUACGGGAAUGUUGGGAGAACGAUCCUCGUUUGAGGCCCUCUUUCUCACAGCUUAUCUUCCGCCUUAAGGGUCUUCAUCGCCUAAUUGUACAGAAUGAUUAAACAAGUGUGAUAUAUCCAUUGUGUUCAUAGUUAGAAUUUUUUGCUUGGCUCGAAGAGCUAGAGUAACAGUAGCAGCUGAAGCAUGGCUGCGUAAACCGAUUUUUUUUGUUGUGAAGAAACACACAGAACGCUGAGUUGUUAGAUGAGUUCAUUCGAAGCGGGAACUCAGCGCUACCAGUUCAGAAGUUCAAGAGAACCGUGGACGUCCUCAAAAAAUUGUUUCGGCUGUGCGAAGCGCAGUAGAGGCUGCCAUGGGGAUUAGCUGUUGUAGGAUUGCAAGUGUUAAUAUUAAUUAUAUGUGCAAGGAAAAUCUGACAAAAGAAAAAUCCAAAGUGUACAAGUUUGAUUGGGAAAAAAAAAAAAGAAAAAUAAAGUGAAUAAAACCACAGUUUUGUGUCUUUUUUUUGUAUAAUAUUGUUCUCAACAUGCAAUUGGAAUGGUAAAUACUUGGUUUAUGAAUUUAUUUUGAAAUGUAAAGGAAAGAAAGGGUAAAGCACAAAAUUAUUCCCUUAAUUUGUUUGCA